AGGGUUCUUCUGAUGGUUUCAAUGUAAAAACUAACCAUAGACUAGACCUGAAGACUGUAGAGGACCGGGUAGACGCGGCAAUAGGUUGUGUGAAGACCAGAACACACAGUAGACCCUCAUGAAGUGGUCAAGAGUCCACCGACUCACCAGGACUUGUCCCCGUCAUUGUCACACCUGCUCCAAAACUGCCUCCGACGUCCCAAUGGCGCCUCUCGACGUCGCAUCGGACUUGGAGCGCUUGGCUGUGGACCAGGUCGUCCCGGCGUUGCUGCAGCAGGGCCACUGCUGCGUGGACGGUCUUCUCGGGGAGCGGGCAGGGGAUGCCGUGCUGGACCAGGUCAAGGACAUACACUGUGCCGGGGCCAUGAAAGACGGCCGACUGGCGGGCUCCAGACCCGGCAUCCCGCCCGGAAGCGUCCGAGGGGACAAGAUUACUUGGGUCAGCGGGACCGAGCGACACUGUGACGCCAUCAACAUCCUCCUCAAGAGACUCGAUCAUGUCAUCUUGGUGUGUUCGCGGAGUCUCGGAGGAAGAUCCAUAAGGGAGAGAUCCAAGGCCAUGGUGGCGUGUUACCCCGGAAACGGUGCCGGCUACGUCAAACACGUGGACAACCCAAACAGCGAUGGACGUUGCAUCACCUGCAUUUAUUACCUUAACAAGAACUGGAACACAAAGGAACACGGUGGAAUUCUUCGCAUCUUUCCGGAAGGGAAGUCGUGCACGGUGGACAUCGAGCCCCAGUUUGACCGUCUGCUCCUGUUCUGGUCCGACAGAAGGAACCCUCACGAGGUGCAGCCCUCCUACGCCGCCAGGUACGCCGUCACCGUUUGGUACUUUGACUCUGACGAGCGAGCCGAGGCCAGGAGACGCUUCACAAAGAUGAGUGGCUCUGAUGGAAGCAGCUGAUUGGAGGAAACACCUCCACCCGGUGGGCGACUCUGAACUGCAGCAGGACUAAAAAAAAAAAAAGCGAUCUAUGGCUAUGUUCACACUGCCCAGAUUCCUAUUUUUUUCCAGCAUAUGUGACCUAAACGUCAUUGUUGUCAUGUGAGUGUUUUCCAAGUGUUCCUGACACAACAUUAAAACAGGAUAUUUAGCGCAUAAA